UAAGUUUGAAGUCCUUGGCAUUGUGGGAGAAGGAGCGUAUGGAGUGGUGCUUAAGUGCAGGCACAAGGAAACCAAUGAGCUGGUGGCCAUCAAGAAGUUCAAAGACAGCGAAGAAAAUGAGGAGGUCAAGGAGACGACGCUUCGGGAGCUGAAGAUGCUUCGGACACUGAAGCAGGACAACAUCGUGGAGCUGAAGGAGGCUUUCCGCAGGAGGGGGAAACUCUACCUCGUCUUCGAAUAUGUCGAGAGGAACAUGCUGGAGCUUUUAGAGGAAUCGCCCAACGGCGCACCGCCCGAUAAAGUCCGCAGCUACAUCUACCAGCUCAUCAAAGCCAUCAACUGGUGUCACACCAAUGAAAUAGUACACAGAGACAUCAAGCCGGAGAACCUCCUCAUCAGCUCCGAGGAUGUCCUCAAACUUUGUGACUUUGGUUUUGCUCGUAACCUGUCUGAGGGAACAGAUGCCAAUUACACUGAGUAUGUGGCUACAAGGUGGUACCGCUCGCCUGAGCUGCUGCUGGGGGCUCCCUAUGGAAAGGCGGUGGACAUGUGGUCGGUGGGGUGUAUCCUCGGGGAGCUGAGUGAUGGACAGCCGUUGUUUCCAGGGGAGAGUGAGAUAGAUCAGCUCUUCACCAUCCAGAAGGUUUUGGGGCCGCUUCCUGCAGAGCAGAUGAAACUCUUUUACAACAACCCUCGCUUUCAUGGAAUCAGGUUUCCCUCAGUCACUCACCCUCAGACUUUGGAGAGAAGGUACCAAGGCAUCUUGAGUGGUUUGAUGUUGGAUCUGAUGAAGAACCUGUUGCUGCUAAACCCGACUGAGCGUUAUCUGACGGAGCAGAGUUUGAACCAUCCGGCCUUCCAGCCUCUGAGGCAGGCAGAGAGAGAGAGGCCUCCUCCUGCGUCUCCCAACCCGCCGCGCUCCUCCAAGAGGAAAACACACCAUCAUGGAGAGAACACAGUCCCAACGAGGAGUCACAUUAAGAGCACGAGCCGUCGCUCCAACAGCAAGGAAUGUUCCAGCCUCCCUCGCCACGGCGACCUCCAUCACCUCGGCAAGACUUUCCUCAACGGCAACAAACCGGCACCUUCAAGCUUAAGUCCUACGCUCCACCCUAAGGCCCAGUACAUGUCCCAGACCCUCAAUCGUUCUGUCUCAUCCAACAAAGACCUGGCUAACAACAACCUGCCACACCUCCUCAGCCCCAAAGAAGCCAAAGGCAAGACAGAGUUUGAUUUCAACUUGGGACCUUCCCCAAAGCUGCCGGACCAGGGACACGGGGCCAAGUACGGCCACAGCAAACCCAGCUCUUCUCGCUCUCAGCAGCAACAGCAGCAGCAGCAGCAACAGCUGCAGCAGCAGGCUGGCCGCCACACCUUCCUGGAGGGCAAGACCAACACUCUGCAGUCUGGAGCAGAGAAGCAACAUGGCCGACACACCCACAGCAUGGCGGACUCCGCCCAUGGAUCCAUGUCCUCCUCUUCUAAGAGCUCAGCCUCUUACCUCAGCCUGUCCAAGAGCCACAGUGCGCUGAGCGAUGCCAAAUCCGUGGGGAACCUCAGCGACGGUCGACUCCACCCAGACGACCCCAACUCCAACACAACAGCAGGGGUGGGCCCCGGGGCCCGCUUCUUCCCCGCCAGCUGUUUAGACCUCAACGCCCCCUCAGUCCCCCAGGUCCCGCCUGGCAGCCCCUCAGCUCGGCACAGUGACCGAUCGGGGCACAGUCCUGCCUCUCGUAGCAGCGGCAAUGUCCGCAUGGAGAGCAGCACGCUGGACUCCUCAUCCAGACACAAAUCCAGACAUAAACCUCUGGCACCAGAGGAGGCCGGUGCUCCGGAGCUCUUAGACCCAGGAGGAGCAGGGAUGCCCUCCACUCACACUCUGCCUUCCCCACAUGAGUCUUAUCAUUACGGCCUGGGCUACACCUCCCCAUUCUCCUCACAGCAACGGCCUCAGCGCCACUCCAUGUACGUGAGGAGAGAGCGCCACCGGCCACACGGGAUUGAGGGUGGGAUGGCGGGCUUGCCUCCACCGGGUCAGGCGAUACCGACGCGCGCCAGCAGUCUGCAGCUCCUCUCCCCACAACUGCAGCACCGGACCACCCUCACUGGACACGGACACUCAGUGAGCUCCUCCAGAGAGGACUGCACGGACGACAUGACGAGGAGCGAGCAGCCCCCUAAAGACAUGAGCCACCCUUGUGCCCCCAUCAAAGACUCUACGAGGGACAACACUGCUGCUUUUCAUACACAGCGCUCUAAAAACGAGGUGGGCAUGUAUCACGACCCUCAUGUGGAGGAUGCAGGUUCCUCCAAGGAGAACCGGAUGAUCUUCACUGAGUCCAUGCCUCGGAGAGUAGGCAGCUUCUACCGAGUCCCCUCCCCCAGACCAGACAACUCCUCCUCUUUCCAUGACGUUGGCGGCCAGGGUCGAGGGCCGGUCGUACCCGUUGUACCUGGAGACCCUGUUGCCAUGGUCAACCACUCCAAACGCCAGACGGCUUUUGACUGGGCCGCCGCAGAAGCAAUGGUCAUGAAUCCUCCAGAGCCCGCCAAAGAGAAGGAGAAACAAGGCUUCUUCAGAGCCAUCAAAAAGAAAAAGAAGAAGACACAAAUAACGGACAUGGAGGACGGGAGGAACCCCAGCAUCAAGAAAAGCCUUUUCCCGCUCUUUAGCUCUAAGAAUAGCUUAAAGCACAACUCAGCCGUCAAAGUCCUCCCUGUAGUCGCCUCGCCCAUGGCACAACACCAGCCUACCGCACCCUACCCUGCCUCACCAGUUCCUGGUAAUGGACAAGAACACCUGUCCCUGCAGAGGAGCUCCAAGUCGUCCUCUCACCACGGCAGCCGGCGGAAAAACCGGGAGCGAUCCCGAGACAGAGACCGGGAGCGGGAACAGAGCCGGGACCGAGACCGGGACAGAGAGAGAGAGCGAGAGCGGGAGAGAGAAAGAGAGAGGGAGAGGGAGAGAGAGAGAGAAAGAGGGAGAGAGAGGGAGAGAUUGAAUGACUGGCAACCAGAAAAACCAGUGGACUCGCACUCUCAGAGUCAACCACUCAAGUCCCUCCGCAGGCUCCUUCACCUCUCCCCCUCCUCCUCAAAUCAAGGACAGCCUCCUCCUCCUCCUCCUCCUCAAGACCUCCGCUUCCAAGCCCCGCUCCCUAACCCCCCUCAGCCCUCCUCCAAAGCGGGCUACCCCGACGGUCGGGGCCACACCGAGAGCAGGGGCCACUCGGGGGUGAGCGGCUCCGCCCAGGCCAAGAGCCGCAAGCCCAGCUAUCCUCUCCCCGGACAGAUCGAGUCCAGCUGGCACGUGUCCGCCUUGCAGCGGGCUGAGGGCGCUCAGUUCACCCCCGAACAGCUGGGCAUCAAACCGGGGCAGAACGGGCCCACCUUUACCCGAGCCUCCCGCACCAGGAUGCCCAACCUCAACGACCUGAAGGAGACCGCGCUGUAAGCCCCUCCCCCUCACUCUGCCAAAUCACGCCGCCUCCAACACGUCUCUCCA